GUCGCGAUCAUUUCUCGCGGCGUUUUAACGGUGGCUAUACUAUACGAUUCCCUCCCGAUUUUGUGAUUCUGUGCUCGAGGUCGACGUGCGUAAUCGCAAAGACGCGUUUUAGAUUGGAUUAGCUGUCAAUUUUGAUAUUACGGAUUGUGGGAAAUAUCCCGUGAGAUGAGGUCAACACGCCAAGUAUUUGGGAUUUUUUUGAGCACCUGCCUGCUGCCGUUCAUCGUUCUUCAAAGUGUUCAGGCCCAAGGAAGUUGUAGAAAUCCCAACCAGAACCAGGGAAUAUGCAGGUCUAUAUACGACUGCCCCAGUCUACUUGCGGUGGUUCAGCAGAAUUCCGUCAGUUCGGAGGACAGGAAUUUCCUUCGGAGCUCUACUUGCUCCGAUGGUGUGGGACGAACUCCUUAUGUUUGCUGUACAAAUGAUCGGAGCUUUGGGCCUCAGGAAUCAUCCUCAACCGCUCCUCCGGUGACACCUUCCAUUUUUAAUCAGGGUCAAGAGGGCCAGCAAGGUGAGGGCAACUUGUUGCCCUCUCCCCCAAAAUGUGGUCCGCACUCCUUCAGCGACAAGGUCUACAAUGGAAACGACACAGCGGUGGACGAGUUCAACUGGAUGGCUUUGCUGGAGUAUGUGGAUCGUCGAGGACGCCGAGAGCUCAGUUGUGGCGGUAGUCUGAUCAACAGUCGUUAUGUUCUUACCGCUGCACAUUGCGUCAUUGGAGAAGUGGAAAAGGCGGUGGGUCGCCUCACUACAGUUCGAUUGGGAGAGUACGACACCAGCAAAGACAUAGAUUGCAUUGACGGCUACUGCAACCAGCCCAUCCUUGAAAUGGGCAUCGAACAGGCCAUUGUACAUCCCCAAUAUGAUCCUAACAACAAGGACCGCACCCAUGACAUCGCCUUAUUGCGACUUGAUCGGCCCGUCGUACUCAAUGAGUAUAUCCAACCGGUGUGUUUGCCUUUGGUCAGCACUCGACAGGCCAUCAAUACGGGGGAAAUCUUGGUAGUCAGCGGAUGGGGACGUACAACUACCGCCCGGAAGAGCACCAUCAAGCAGCGGCUGGACCUCCCGGUUAACGAUCACGACUCGUGUGCGCGAAAGUUUGCCACUCGGAACAUCCAGCUGAUCAGCUCGCAAUUGUGCGUCGGCGGGGAGUUCUACCGGGACAGUUGCGAUGGAGACUCCGGAGGUCCCCUGAUGCGCAGGGCUUACGACCAGGCCUGGUUCCAGGAGGGCGUGGUCUCCUUCGGCAACCGCUGCGGACUGGAGGGAUGGCCGGGAGUCUAUACUCGGGUGUCCGACUACAUGGACUGGAUCCAGGAGACGAUUCGACCCUGAGGAGCGAAACGAAGGCCGCUUUUGUUCAAAUAAUUUUUAAUUAAAGUCGAGUCAAGAGUG